GUAAUGACUUGUUGAUCGUUGAGCAGCUUGAGAAAUUCAACUCUGCACUGUUACAACUUUCAAGAAUACAUUACACAGAUGGCUUCGGUAGAUUGCAGACAGAAAACGGCAAUGGGUUUCCCAAGGCUACAAGUUAGUUGGUCACAUUGAAUGGAAACUGAGUACCCAUGUUUUAAUGCCCCUGUCUCUGCCUUAUUCAAAAUGGGAUUUCUGUGUAUCAGCCUGGGAAGAUCAGAGAUUAAUUUGAAUUCUGUUUCUGCACUGCUGGUCAUAUACUUCAGGUCUGAGAAUUAUUUUAGAGCUGACAGAAAUGGGUGCUCAUGUGAGUUCCAAUGCUGCAGCAGUAUUGGUUACUUACUUAUUUCUUAUUGUUGGGGUACAUGGGGAGGAACCCCAAGUUCCUGCUCUUUUUAUUUUUGGAGAUUCAAUUACAGACAAUGGCAAUAACAAUUACAUAACUACUCUUGCCAAAGCCAACUUUUUUCCAUACGGUAUAGAUUUUGAAGAAGGCCGCGCUACAGGAAGGUUUUGUAAUGGCAUGACCACUGUUGAUGUUUUAGCUAAGUUGCUAGGGUUACCUUUGAUUCCUCCCUAUGCUGCUGCAUCUACAAAAGGUGUGGCAGUGAUGAAUGGAGUAAACUAUGCUUCAGGGGCAGCAGGCAUCUUGGAUGAAACUGGAAGAAAUCUUCUUGGACGAGUAACAUUCAAUGAGCAGAUUGCCAAUUUUGGUAACACGGUGAAUGACAUAACCUCACACUUGGGAAGUGCAGAAGAGGUGGCAGAGUAUUUGUCAAAAUCCAUCUUUGCAAUCACAUUCGGUAGCAAUGAUUAUAUAAAUAACUAUCUUGUUCCUGGCUUCUAUUCAAGCAGCAGAACAUAUACUUCGGAGGACUACAGUGACCUCCUCAUAUCUCAUUUUUCACAACAAUUAGUGAAGCUAUACAACUUGGGAGCACGGAAGUUUGCAGUGGCAGCAGUAGGUCCAUUGGGAUGCCUUCCAAGCCAAUUACCAAAUAAUAUUAAUGGCAGUUCUACUUGUGUUGACAGAGUAAAUCAAGAAGUUUCACUCUUCAACUCAAAACUUAAGCAUCUUUUGAGGAUCAUGGAAAUCAAUCUUCCAGGGGCACACUUUGUUUAUGGGGAUGCUUACAGUUCAGUUACAGACAUAAUCAACAAUCCCACUUCUUAUGGUUUUAUCGUGACAAAUCAAGGUUGCUGUGGAAUAGGAAGAAACAAUGGGCAGAUUAGUUGUCUACCUGGGGUGUUUCCGUGUCCUAAGAGAAACCAAUAUGUGUUCUGGGACUCCUUUCAUCCAACAGAAGCUGUGAAUAUUAUUGUGGCCACCAAGGCAUAUAAUGGCUCUCUAUAUGACGCCUCUCCUAUCAAUAUCAAGGAGCUCGCUCAAUUAUAAAUUUAAGAUAUUGUAGUUCAGGGUGAUUUAGAGCUCAUUUUGAUGAGUAAAAUUUUUGUUUAGAUGUUUAGUAUAGUGCCUGUAAAAACGUUUUAAAUGUUUGAUAUAUUUGGAAAAUCUCUACUUUUACUUUCAUUUAAA